AUUCCUGUAGAUCAGGGGGUGUUCACUGAGCCUGGACCAUUUCUCAGAAGAGAGGAUUUCUGUCAAUAUUUAGUGAUUCUAAGGAGACAAAGGACUUGAAAGCCCGCUGGCUCAUCAUGUCCUCCAUCCUUGGGAAAAUGAAGAAGUUUGGCAGUUUUGACAUGGAGGAAUCUGAAGUGACAGAUGAACACACAGAUGGGGAGGACUCUGUCCAGGAAGCCCCUGACAACCCCCAGGGCCCCCUCAGCUCCAGGGUGCACCCACCCAAAAGCAACAUUUUUGCAAGACGGGGCCGCUUUGUGAUGGGGGACAGUGACAAGGACAUGGCUCCCAUGGACUCCUUCUGCCAGAUGGAUCACCUGAUGGCACCUUCUGUCAUCAAAUUCCACGUGAAUUUGGAGAGGGGCAAACUUCACAAGCUCCUGUCUACAGAUUCCAUCACAGGCUGCUCAGAAAAAGCUUUCAGAUUUUAUGACCGCAGAAGGAUCUUUGAUGCUGUAGCCCAAGGCAACACAAAGGACCUCAGUGACCUGCUACUCUACCUUAACAGAACCUUCAAGCAUCUCACAGAUGAGGAGUUCAAAGAGCCUGAAACUGGCAAAACCUGUUUACUGAAAGCCAUGCUGAAUCUACAUGAUGGGAAAAACGAUACCAUUCCCUUGCUGCUGGAUAUUGCAAGGAAAACUGGAACUCUGAAGGAGUUUGUUAAUGCAGAAUAUACUGACAACUACUACAAGGGCCAGACUGCUCUUCACAUUGCCAUCGAGAGGAGGAACAUGUACCUGGUGAAGCUCCUGGUCCAGAAUGGAGCAGAUGUUCAUGCCAGAGCCUGUGGGGAGUUCUUCAGGAAAAUCAAAGGGAAAUCUGGCUUUUAUUUUGGAGAGCUGCCUUUGUCCCUGGCUGCCUGCACCAACCAGCUCUGCAUUGUGAAAUUCCUCCUGGAGAAUCCCUACCAGGCAGCCAACAUUGCUGCUGAGGACUCCAUGGGCAACAUGGUCCUGCACACACUGGUGGAGAUUGCAGAUAACACCAAGGAUAACACCAAGUUUGUGACCAAGAUGUACAAUAACAUAUUGAUCCUUGGUGCCAAAAUUAAUCCCAUCCUCAAGCUGGAAGAACUCACCAACAAGAAAGGGCUGACUCCUUUAACUCUGGCAGCCAAAACAGGGAAGAUAGGGAUUUUCGCUUACAUCCUCAGACGGGAGAUCAAAGACCCCGAGUGCAGACACUUGUCCAGGAAGUUCACUGAAUGGGCCUAUGGACCUGUCCACUCCUCUCUUUAUGACCUGUCCUGUAUAGACACCUGUGAGAAAAAUUCAGUGCUGGAGAUCCUUGCCUACAGCAGUGAGACACCAAACCGUCACGAGAUGCUGCUGGUGGAGCCCCUUAACAGGCUGCUGCAGGACAAGUGGGACCGCUUUGUCAAGCACUUGUUCUACUUCAACUUCUUUGUCUACACCAUGCACAUCACCAUCCUCACUGCAGCUGCUUACUACAGACCUGUACAGAAGAAUGAAAAGCCUCCCUUCACCUUUGGUUACAGCACUGGGGAAUAUUUUCGAGUAACUGGAGAGAUCCUGAGUGUACUGGGAGGCCUCUAUUUUUUUUUCAGAGGGAUCCAGUAUUUCGUGCAGAGGCGCCCAUCACUGAGGACCCUGAUAGUUGAUGGCUACAGUGAGGUUCUUUUCUUUGUCCACUCCCUGCUCCUGCUGAGCUCUGUGGUGCUCUACUUCUGUGGCCAGGAGCUCUACGUGGCUUCCAUGGUGUUCUCCCUGGCCCUGGGCUGGGCCAACAUGCUCUACUACACGCGGGGCUUCCAGCAGAUGGGGAUUUACUCGGUCAUGAUCGCCAAGAUGAUCCUUAGGGAUUUAUGUCGCUUCAUGUUUGUCUAUCUUGUAUUCCUCUUGGGAUUUUCCACAGCUGUGGUGACUUUGAUUGAAGAUGACAACGAGGGGCAGGAAACAAAUAUCUCUGACUAUGCCAAGUGCUGCCACUUGAAACGAGGCCGCACCUCCUACAACAGCCUCUACUACACCUGCCUGGAGCUCUUCAAAUUCACCAUUGGCAUGGGGGACCUGGAGUUCACAGAGAAUUACAGGUUCAAGUCUGUGUUUGUCAUCCUGCUGGUGCUCUAUGUCAUCCUCACCUACAUCCUCCUGCUCAACAUGCUCAUUGCACUGAUGGGGGAAACUGUCAACAAAAUUGCACAGGAGAGCAAGAGCAUCUGGAAACUCCAGAGAGCCAUCACAAUCCUGGACAUUGAGAACAGCUACUUGAACUGUCUGAGGCACUCGUUCCGCUCUGGGAAGCAAGUCCUGGUGGGGAUCACCCCUGAUGGCCAAGAUGAUUACAGAUGGUGCUUCAGGGUUGAUGAAGUGAACUGGUCCACGUGGAACACUAAUCUGGGCAUCAUCAACGAAGACCCUGGGUACUCUGGGGACCUCAGACGAAAUCUCAGUUUCUCCAUUAAGCCUGGCAGAGUUUCAGGGAAGCACUGGAAAACAUUGGUUCCACUUCUAAAAGAUGGAGAGAAGAGGAGAGAAGAGCCUCACAAGCCACCAGAAGAAGUCAAAUUAAAACCUGUUUUGGAGCCUUAUUUUGAGGCAGAAGAUUCUGAGGAGUUGAAAGAGUCAAUUCCAAAGUCAGCCUAAUUCUGAUUGCUUGUGCUGGUCCUCACAAAAGGGACAAUAGAGCACUUCAUUUACAGGAACAGGGACUUCUGGAAAAAGGUCAGAGACUUAGGGAAUUUCCAUGUGCAAGGAUUUAUUUAUUACACUAACUGUGCUAAAUAAACUAUUUGUUGUUUAA